AUGAUUUCAUCGGUCGGUGGCGAGUCGUAUACAUCGGCGGAGGCGUGCAGAGCGGCGGCGGAGGAGGCGCGCAGGAAGAACCGGCCGAAGGAGGAGCGGCCGGCCGUGGAUAAGUGGGCGGCGAUGGGGGAUCCCGAGGCGGCGGCGUACCAUAGCUGGCUGCAGAGUGAAGGGAUGGAGUUGUUCGUGAGAAGGCAGACGGAGGAGAGGCAUGCCCGAUUGGACGACUGGCCGUCGCCCGACGAGAGGGCCGUAUGCGCUCGUAGCUACCGCAACGGCUGGAACCAAAUGUGGGCAUGCCAACGAGGCACCUACGAGGACACCACGGCUAUCCCGGCCAUGCGUUAUACGGACGUCAAGCCACCAGCAUGGCGUCACGUUGAUCCGACAGGAACUCUGCAGAUCUUUUCCUUCAAAGUCGCGGCGAUAGCAGAGGAAUUGCAGUGGCCACUGGAUGUGUAUGGCUUGAUCGCGAUAAGAGAUCACCUAGACCGCAACCGCAAUAUCAUCUUUGCUCGCGCGAGGGAUAACUGCCAAACCAUCAGUUUGGAGCUACUUCUAAACUUGUUAAAUUGCAAAUGCAAAAUAAUUCUUUUGAACAGGAUAUGUUAA